UAUCUUCUCCCAGAAGCCACACAGCUAGCUACAGUCCCGCCUGGCCAGCACCAUGGCUAAGACCCCUGGUGACCAUCUGCUAAACACCCUGGAGGAGCUGCUGCCCUAUGACUUUGAGAAGUUCAAGUUCAAGCUGCAGAAUACUAGCCUGGAGAAGGGUCACUCCCGGAUCCCCCGGGGCCAUCUGCAGAUGGCCAGGCCAGUAAAGCUGGCCAACCUGCUGCUCACCUACUAUGGCGAAAAGUAUGCUGUAAGGCUGACCCUGCAGAUCCUGAGGGCCACAAACCAGCGCCUACUAGCAGAGGAGCUUCGCAAGGCCACAGGCCCAGAACAUUUAACGGAAGAAAAUAGAAUUGGUGGUUCUGUCCAGCCUGGAGAGAAUAAGCCCAAGACUGUAAAAGUAGCAGAUGUCCUGGAAGGUGAUGGGACAAAGCAGAGUGGUGAUGGAUCAGGCAGCCUGCCACCCAGCCAGUCUGAAGUGGACAAGGGGUCCCAGAAGAAGUCUCUUGUCAAGAGGAGAGAUCAGAGGGGCCCUGAGAGCCUGGACUCACAGGCCAAGCCAUGGGCCAGGAACACAGCAUCGCCCAAUAGAAGAAUCCUGGUCAUUACCCAGUGCCCAGUGGACAAGGAGGGCAGGGCAAGUGCCCAGCUCCGAAGGAAUGCCAGCUCUGCGGGGAGGCUGCAGGGAUUCUGCAACAAUGCCCCAGGGAGAAGAGAAUGCAAGAAAGCUGAAGCAUAUUUGCCUUCAGGAAAGAAGCGACCCAAAAGUCUUGAAAUUACCACUUACUCAAGUGAAGGAGAAUCCCCAAAUUCAGCUCUUCUGAGUCCAGAAAAAACAACUAAUGGGAAUCCACACUCAUCCCCUACUCCCAUGACAGUAGCUAUUGUGAAUGAGGGCACUGCUGGAGCUCUAGAAAGGGGCUCAAGGAAUCCAGAACUUUCCAUGGCCCCCAACGAAGAAACAUCUAGGGACAUGCCUUCUAAAACAUCGUUGAUUGGAGAGGGCAAACACACUACAUCCUGGAAGGAAAAUGAAACUGGGAGAUCAGAAGCCCCUGAGAGCUUGGGGAAGAUGACUGGUAGCACAUUCUAUGAGUCCUGCAAUCCAGAAGAGCCUUUGUCACUAUGUGAAAAAUCAGCCAAAACUCCAGAAGACCCAGCAUUCUUAGGAUCGACAGCUUACAAAGGUAACCUCCCCCACCUCUCCAGAACUUCAUUUUGUUCUUAUAUUUAUAUUGCUGGGAUACCUGGUUGCCUCUACAGAUCCCUGUGCAAAUGUGAUGUAGACCUAGAAAAAUGCAUGUUUACACAUCUUGCACAAAGGGUUACAUCAAAUUUCAGAAGGUCACAAGACAAGGCUGCAUGUCCUCUUUGCCACACCCAGGAAGGAGACCUGCAUGGUGGUACCUGUAUGCAAAGUUCCUGCAGCUGUUCCAUUGCUCCUGGGGAUCUCAAGGCCCCAGGCAGAAGCUUACCCAUAUGCUUCCAGUGCCAAAGUUCACUUGCAGGAAAGAGCUGUGGAGACCAGAGCCCCCAGUCCCUACCACAGUGCCCACGUCACAUGAAGCAGGUACAGCUGCUCUUUUGUGAGGACCACAGGGAGCCCAUAUGCCUCAUCUGCAGGCUGAGUCAGGAGCAUCAAGGCCAUCGAGUGCGUCCCAUAGAAGAGGCUGCACUGGAGUAUAAGGAACAAAUCCAGAAGCAGCUGGAGCGUCUGAGGGAGCUGAGGGGAUGUGUGGAGGAACACAGACUGCAGGGAGAUAAGAAGACAGAGAACUUCCUGAAAGAAACAGAAACCCAGCAGCAGAAGGUUUCGUGUCAGCUUGAGAAACUGCACCAAUUCCUGGAGCAGCAAGAGAAACUCUUUGUGACCUGGCUACAGGAGCUAGGCCAGACCAUUGGCAAGGUCCGAGAGACAUAUGACACCAGAGUGUCCCGUGACAUUGCCCUCCUGGAUGAACUGAUCCGAGAACUGGAAGCCAAGCAAGACCAGCCAGAAUGGAAGCUCAUGCAGGACAUUGGAGUCACGUUGCACAGGGCCAAGAUGGUGACUGUCUCUGAGCCAUCAGCCACUCCUCCAGAUGUUAAAGAAAAGAUCCACCUGCUCUACCAGAAAUCAAAGUUUGUGGAGAGGAGUAUGCAGUACUUCUCAGAAACCCUGCGCUCUGAAAUGGAGACAUUCAGUGAUGCAGAUGUAACAAAAUGGACAGAGUGCUGGCCUGACAUACCACAGGCCCAGGGUUUGAUUCCCAAAACUUACCAAAAAUGGGAUGGUGGAAACACACAGGACUAUGACAUAUUAUUUUAUCCAGAAGUGGAAGCUGGAGGAUCUGAGCCUCAGGAAGCUCAAGGCACACAUGAGCUACAAGAGUCCCUUUCUCAGAACAACAAACGAAAACUUAGAUCUCUCCUGAAAUGGAAACCUUCAUUUAUGGGGUGAACCUUGGGAGAAGGCCAUGGAUCCCUCCCCAGAUAGGUGUUCUAUUCUUCCUGCAGUUUCUGGGAUUCUGAUCUAUCAGCUGCUCAGCCCAAACUCAACUUCUCUGACAUGAAGAGUGUGAGAUCUGGAAACAAGUCAUACCUGCUGCCUGACAGUACCCAAGGAUUCUAAAGUCACUUCAUCACUCUGGAUACUCCUAGCUUUGACUCCAGCUGGCAUCACUGGGAGGUAGAGUUUGGAGACAAGAGAAGGCAGGUCCUGGGAGCAUGCAAAGCACUAGCAAACAGAAAUGGAAAUAUAACUCUGCAGAGAAUGGCUACUGGGUGACAGUGAUGACAAAGCAACAGGAAUCCACUUUUCCCCAAACUGUGAAUGAGGAACCCCCAAGCAGGUGGGCAUCUUUCUAGACCACAAAGCUAGAAACAUUCCCUUUUACAACAUGACAGCCAGAUCCCACAUUUCCAU